AGACUCAGAAGUGCUACCCUGUUAUCAAGUCCAUCUAACAUUUUGUGUUCUCAUAUUUGUGUUUGCUCAGAGAUUUUUGGUCUAAUUCCUUCAACUUUUUGCUUGGAGUUAAGGUUGAAUCCAACAAGAGGGGGUAUUAAACCUGAGUUUUAUGACAAGGUUGAGGAUUUUAUAGAAACGAUUAGUAAGUUAGAUGUUGUGAAGUCGGAAGGAAAGUGUAGAUGCCCAUGCGUUAAGUGUAGAUGCACAAACUAUAAAGAGCUGAACAUUAUUAAGAUGCAUUUGUGGGAAAAGGGGUUUAUGCCAAAUUAUUGGAUUUGGACAGAACAUGGAGAGAUUGAUGACAUAGGGAUUAAUCAGAUGGGAUUCAAUAAUUGUGGGGAAGGUGGUUCAGGAAGUGGUGCAAAUGUGGAAGAAUGUGAUAUGUAUGACAUUAGCUGGGAAGACAACUCCAGAAGGUAUCAUGAAAUGGUUUUCAAUUCUGCUGGUCCAGAAGAUCCUCAUGUAGAGGCUAAAAACUUUUUUGAUCUUCUUGAGGCAGCUCAAAAAUCUUUGUGGGAAGGUUGUGUGCACUCUCAACUAUCGAUAGCUGUUAGAAUGCUAUGCAUUAAGGCCGAGGGAAACCAAUCACAAGAGUCAUUUAAGCAGUGUGCCACCUUAAUUAGGGAAAUUGCUCCUGAGGGUAGUGCCAUACCUAGGGAUUACUAUGAGGCUAAGAAGUUAGUGCAAAAUCCUAGAUUGAAGGCAAUCAAAAUAGAUUAUUGUUCAAAUAAUUGCAUGUUGUAUCGAAAAGAUGAUGCUGUUCUAACUAGUUGCAAGUUUUGUGAAGCACCUAGAUUCAAGCCUAUUUCCGAUGGUGGUUGUAAGUCCAAGAGAGUUCCUUUCAAACGGAUGCACUACUUACCCUUAAUCCCUAGACUUCGAAGGCUUUACGUGUCAAUGAGUUCAGCUCCGCACAUGACGUGGCAUAUAAAAAAUCAACGUGAUGAUGGCGUGAUGACCCAUCCGUCACAUGGGGAGGCAUGGAAAAGCUUUGACCGUAUCCACUCUGAUUUUGCUUUGGAGCCUAGAAAUAUUAGGUUAGGUCUUUGCUCUGAUGGGUUUACCCCAAAUAUCCAAUUUAGCAAGCCUUAUUCUUGUUGGCCCGUAAUUGUUAUUCCAUACAAUCUACCUCCUGGAAUGUGUAUGAAAGAUCCCUAUUUGUUCUUGACUUGCCUAAUACCUGGUCCUAAUAACCCUAAAGCCAACAUUGAUGUAUUCUUGGGACCCUUGAUUGAUGAAUUAAAUGAGUUGUGGAAUCCUGGUGUUUUGACAUAUGAUAUUGUAGAAAAGAAGAAUUUCGUCUUAAAGGCAGCAUUGAUGUGGACUAUCAAUGAUUUUCCGGCUUAUGGGAUGUUGUCUGGGUGGAUGACACAAGGAAGAUUGUCAUGUCCUAUUUGCAUGGAGGAUACCAAGUCUUUUACACUAUCACAUGGAGGCAAGGCAUCAUGGUUUGAUUGUCAUCGGAGGUUUUUGCCGAUAAACCACCCUUAUAGGCGCAAUAAGAAUGACUUCAGGAAGAAUAAAAUAGAAAGUGAAGAGGCUCCUACCAGAUUAAGUGGUUUGGAGAUUUGGCAAAGGAUUAAAGGACUUGAGAAGAUAUCAGAUAAUGGAAAGUGGAUCAAAUCGCGAGAGUAUGGUAUUACUCACAAUUGGACUAAGCAAAGUGUGUUUUGGGAGUUACCUUAUUGGAAGGAUAACCUGGUUCGUCACUGUCUUGAUAUAAUGCAUAUAGAGAAGAAUGUGCUUGAUAACAUAAUGAAUACUGUUAUGGACACUGAUAGAACUAAAGACAAUGAAAAGGCUAGGUUAGACCUGGCUGAACUGUGCAAGCGUCCAGAUUUACAUUUGCGGCAUGUCGGUGAUAAUUGUUGGUCCAAACCUAAGGCAGCUUAUACUUUAACUUCUGAACAACAACAAGACGUGUAUAGGUGGGUGCAACAACUUAGAUUUCCAGAUGGUUAUGCAUCUAACCUUGCUAGAUGUUGCUUGCUUCCAACUGCAUUCAGAGAACUACCUACAAAUAUAUGGAAGCCUCUUACCGAGUUAAGCCAGUUUUUCAAAGACUUGUGUUCAACCACUCUCAAGGUUCAUGAUUUAGAGGUUAUGGAGCAGAAUAUUCCCAUUAUCCUUUGCAAGUUAGAAAGGAUAUUUCCCCCGGGAUUCUUUAAUGUGAUGGAGCAUUUGCCAAUUCAUCUAGCAUAUGAGGCACGUGUGUGUGGACCUGUCCAAUAUAGGUGGAUGUAUCCGUUUGAACGGGUGAUAGGAGCAUUCAAGCGAACAGUGAAAAAUAGAGCAAGGGUUGAAGGUUCGAUUUGUGAGGCUUUCUUGGCGAAGGAGACUUCAAGUUUUGUUUCUUUCUACUUUGAACCACAUAUCUUAUCGAGGCGAACCCGUGUGGGAAGAAAUGAUGACGGCGGAGACACAAUUAAAGCCUCUUUAUCAAUAUUUAAUAGACCUGGUCGCAAGGUUGGAAAAGCUAAAGAUCAUUGGUUAGAUGAACGAGACAAGGCCGCAGCUCAUUUGCAUAUUCUACUCAAUGAAAGCAAAGUUCAAAAUCAAUGCAAUGAAAUUGUUGAUCCGGGUUUGCAAUCACUUUCUUGGGGUCCUUCAAACAAAGCAACAAGUUAUCCAAUUUAUAAAGUAAAUGGAUAUACAUUUCAUACCCUUGCAAGGUCAAAAGGAAAAAAAACUGAUAACACCGGUGUGUUUGUUAAAGGUGAUAUAGGCAAUGGGAAAAGUGAUUGGUUUGGAGUAUUAGAAGAUAUACUCGAGCUUGAAUACACUGGUAGUGACUCUAAUCGAGUUGUUUUGUUCAAAUGUCAAUGGUAUGAUCCAAGUCGUCCAAAUGGAACACGUAUUCAUAAUGACUACAAAAUAACUGAAGUCAACCAUAGUAAAAGAUAUCGCCACUAUGAUCCUUUCAUUGUCGCCCAAAAAGCUAAACAAGUUUACUUCUUACCUUAUCCUGGAAAUUGCAAGUCUAUGUGGCGUGUUGUUGUAAACACUAAACCAAGAGGUCGAAUUGAAAUCAAUCAUGUACAUGUAGAGGAGGAUGAGGAAGAGAAUGAUGUAGCUUAUCAAGCGGAUGAGAGUAAUCCUUCUAGGAUUUCUGACACCGAGCCUCCUAUCAGUCUUAAGUCUCCAUUUGGAGAGGACCACAUUGUUGAAUUGUCCAUUGGCUCUAGUUCUGGGGCUAAUAAAAAUGAUGAUGAUGAUGUUGCAGACUUUAAUGAUGAUAUUGAUUUUUAA